CAACAUGACUGCAAAUCACAGCUUGCAGCAACAAUCUCGCCUUUCAUGUCUGUCGAUGCCUCGACCUCAUCAUGCCCAUGCGCGUGCCAUCCUAGCGCGCAUGAGUGCCUCUUGUGGUCCUCUGGACACACUUAUCAAGAAAUUUACAAACAGAGAUCAGGGAAGAAGAAAAGCUGCAGAAUUACGCCUCCUGACAGCCAUUGAAAGCACACAGCGUGGCCUCACUGCUUCACCUUCCAGUAAGCAGGACAUCUUAGACGCAGUAAGUGAGCUAGAAGACAUAGGACGGUGCACAGUGACGACAGGGAGUGAUCUCUCUGCCACAUGGAGGUUGCUCUACACAACAGAGAAGGAAACUCUAUUCAUCCUCAAAAAUGCAGGGUGGCUUGGUAAGGAGGCUGGCGAAGUCUUCCAGGUCAUUGAUGUCGAGAAUGGAUCGCUAAAUAAUGUGAUCACAUUCCAACCCAAUGGAUUUUUCAUUGUGGAUUCAUCCCUGGAUGUGGUAGGCGAGCAGCGCACAGAAUUCAAAUUCAGGGGCGCCAAAGUGAAACUUGGCAAUCGUCCUUUCUCGCUGCCGCCCUUUGGCCAAGGAUGGUUUGAUACUGUCUACCUGGGACGGUCAUUGAGAGUGGCUAAGGAUAUCCGAGGCGAUACUCUUGUUGUGGAAAGGGACGGUCCUCCCAAGAGCUUCUUAUGACAGCUGCUGCUUUCAGAAAUAGUGCACAUAGCGCAAUGUAGG